AUGGCGGAGGCACAGGUCCUGGUGCUGGAUGGCAGAGGCUAUGUCCUGGGCUGCCUGGCAGCCAUUGUGGCCAAACAGGUACUGCUGGGCCAGAAGGUGGCAGUUGUGCAUUCUGAGGACAUCAACAUCUCUGGCAGUUUCUACAGAAACAAGUUAAAAAACUUGGCCUUCCUCUGCAAACAGAUGAACAUCAGCCCGUCCCAUGGUCCCUACUUUUUCUGGGUCCCCAGCCACAUUUUCUGGUGGAUUGUGAGGGGCAUGCUGCCCCACCAGACCAAGCGAGGCCAGGCUGCCCUGGACCACCUCAAGGUGUUUGAUGGGAUCCCACCACCCUAUGGAAACAGGCAGAAAAGAAUGCGGAGAAGAAAACUGACAAAUACACAGAGGUCUUCAAGACCCACAGACUCCUGGUCUUGA